AUGCACCACCCGGAAGUUGGUACGUCUGUAAAUACGUUCCUACGGCAGAGAGAACCGCGGAACUACUAGUUUUGUGUGUGAGGCUUUAAUAUUUGUGUUUAAUAUCGUUUCCGUUAGCAUUAGCAUUAGCAUGUGUUUAUAUAUAAUAUUUAACCGUGUAUGAGGCGUUAUAACAAAGACGACAUGGAGAACUCAGUCGAACAGUGCUCUCAGUCCUCUGUCUCCAUCUCCAUCUUCUCUGACGAGAUCUUACUGCACAUCCUGAGCUACAUCCCCAGUUACGACCUGGUGCUCAGUGUGAGUCGUGUGUGUCGGAAACUACAGACUCUGUGUCAAGACAAGAGCCUGAUUUCUCAUAUCCAGCUCCAUAAAGAGUAUCGAGCAUCUGAUGAAGCAGUGAAGAAGCUGCUGAAGGGGCUGUCCGGUGGCGUCCAGACUCUAGAUGCCAGCGGCUGUUACUGGUUGUCUGGUAGCACACAGGAUGUUGUGACCCGCUGCGUUGGACUGGUUCGGCUGGACGUGUCAGGUUGGCGUGUGACACCAGCACGUCUCUCACGUCUCCUGGGCUCACUGCGGUCGCUGCGCUCGCUGUCGCUGGACGUUGGCACGGGAUUCGACCUGCAGCAGCUGAGCACUGAGGGCAAAUCGGCCUUAGCGAGGCUCAGCGAGCUGAAACAGACGCUGCUGACGCCCUCGUACGGUGUCGUGCCGUGCUGCGGCGCGCUACAGAGCUUAAGUCUGUACUUGGAAGUGGCUGAGGGUUGGCAUGAACCCAGUGCACACCUCCAGCUUAUAGUGGGGCAAAGCAGUGUGCCACGCUACCACAACCUACGCUGGUUCUCUGCCCGCCUGGCACCCGGAGAGGUCAACCGCGCGCUGCUUAGUCUCUACUUGGCAGCUUUCAGCAUGCGCGUCCCAGAGGGCCUCACUGGGUUGGUUGUUGCCAUACCCGGUCCAGCUCCGCCAAUUCCUGCUUCUGCUGGUUUACUGACUCAGGGCAUCAUAUCAGCUGGAAGUGCGAUCACUGCGUUUCAGCUUCCUCAGAUGUGGCUAGACGGCCCCAUGUUGAGGCGGGUUUUGGGAUACGGAUGUCCGGCCUACUUGAACGUGUCACGGUGCAUGGCGCCGGGAUUCGAGCCGCUUUGUGUGUUGCUGGGUUCCGGUUGUGAUCUUUCACCAUUGCGCAGCCUCAACCUGCGUGGAAAAAAUGAGGAGGAAGUGGAUGCUGAGGACAUCAGGACUCUUACUGAAUCAUGUCCGCAUCUCGCCCACUUCAAUCUGUCCUCCACACACUACCAUCACACCGCUCCGGAAAAGCCUGAUGGGCAUCUCUGUGUGGCUCUCGGAUAUCUCGCGCGUCUCCGGUCGCUAGCACUGCCGGCUUGUGCGCUGUCACGAGGGCCUCCUGUUCCAGCUAACAAGCCAGAUUUGACUACAAAACUAUGCUCAGAGUCACUCCUGCUGGGGCUGAAGAAGACUCGCCGCGUGGGCAUUCCGGCCUUCCAGCCGACGAUUGACGGCACCGGGGCUCCGAAGGAAGAACAGGAAGCUGAAGCGGAGUCCUUCCUGCGCCCUCUGAUAAAUGGCUGCCCAUAUCUGGUUGAGCUGGAGCUGAUUGGAACAGGGUUCUUAUCAGCCAUGCCGAGGUACGACCCAGCCAUGCGUAAGGAUCCCGCCGCCUGCCCCUGGUCCUUCCAGGUGGGAGAUGCCCAGCUGGCAGCUUUGGGAAAACUCCACUUUUUGCGAAGGCUUACUUUGGCUCACCUGCCAGGGGUCCUGAAGGGUACCGGGCUCAUUCAGCUCGUCCUGGGGUGCAGAGACCUUCAGGUGUUAUCUGUGGCCAACCUGGGGUGCUUAAAGACGGUGAAUUAUACUGUGGCUCUGCAGGAGGCUCUCAAACACUGUACACAGCUCAGAGAGUUCAGGUUGGAGCAGCCAUACUUCAGUGCUAACAGCUCCUUCUUCGACGCUCUCUCUCACUGCCGCCACCUCCAACGACUCUGCCUUGUCUCACGCCACGGAACGUUCCAGCACGCGGCCGCCGUCUCCUUCAUGCAGCACUGUGAGGACAUGGUGGUGUUUCACAUGUUCACGGGUGGAACUCUUGUGGCCUGUAAAACACUGCAGAAAACCCUGCAGGACAGUUUGUCUGCAUCGCGUCCAGCACUUAGUGUGGUGGUGUAUCCACUUCUCCAUGAGGACUUGGGGAACGUGAUCAAGGAGAUGCCGCUCUGCCACUUGGAUGAGAUCACACUGUUCAAAACCCGCGUGGCUGAAGAUCCUACUGUACUGUGAGGGAGAGAGA